ACCCUCAAGAACUCCCAUAACGAGCAAUCCUUACACAAAGAACCUCUUUGGAUAUUCAACCGAGACGAGAAAAACGUUAAAAGUCCAAAACAAAAUGCAGACUCAAACACACACCACCACAGACCGACAUGGCUAUAGCCUGCGCUUUUCGCCUUUCGAGGCGAACUACUUGCUGCUGGCCACCAGCCAAUUGUACGGUCUUGCGGGCGGUGGCUCUCUCUUUUUGCUGGAACAGAACUCGACCACUGCAGAUGGCCAGAGCCUGGGGGAACUGUGCCGUCUGGAGUGGUCCGAUGGCCUGUUCGACGUCGCCUGGUGUCCCUAUGCGCCCGACAUCGCGGCCACUGCCUCCGGUGACGGUUCUUUGCAGAUCUGGUGCGGCCUGGACGCGGAGUCGGCGACGGGACAGCAGACGCCGAAGCAGCCGCUAAUCUGCCUGCAGGAGCACAAGAACGAGGUGUACAGCCUGGACUGGGGCGAGAAGUGGAACUACCACACGCUGCUCUCGGCCAGCUGGGACUGCACCUUGAAGCUGUGGGACUGCAACCGGCAGCACUCGAUCACCACCUUCGUGGGCCACCACGACCUGAUCUACGGCGCCAAGUUCUCGCCUCUGAUUGCCAAUCUGUUUGCUAGCGUAAGUACCGACGGACACCUUAACUUAUGGAACUCUCUUGACUUUGCAGGCAAACCCCUGAUGAGCAUCGAGGCCCAUGCCAGCGAGGCGCUCACCUGCGACUGGUCGCACUUCGAUCGCAACGUUCUGGUGACUGGAGGAUCCGAUGGCCUAAUCCGUGGAUGGGAUCUGCGCAAGAUGAGGACCCAUGUCUUUGAGCUGUACUCCGGGGAGUUCGCCGUCCGGCGAUUGGCCUGUUCACCGCACUCGAGCGCGGUUUUGGCAUCGGCCAACUAUGACUUUACCACAAGGAUUUGGAACCUGGAGCGUGGGGAAUCCGCCCAGGAGAUCAAUGCCCACCACACGGAGUUUGUGUGUGGUUUGGACUGGAAUCCGCAUCGGGCCCACCAGCUGGCCGACUGCGGCUGGGACUCUCUGGCCAGCGUGUACACGCCACAGUGCCUGAUCGGCGAGCUGGCCUAGGAUGGAAGAAGUUUUUGGAAGCUGGAACUGGUACUCCAUAAAUACCGCAACCACAUGUGAUAUAAGGCGCAAGUGGCGUCGAAAUAGCCAGGCCUACAAACGGUGCACCGCCAGGAAGGACGAUAGCUGAGCUAUACAAUGCCUCUAAGGAACCCAAGGAACAAGGACUGCCUCCAGGUGGGGACAGGAGACAGGAGACAGGAGACGACGUGUAAAUAGUCGGGUGAUAAACGAUGAAGCAGGUGCUGCGAAUGUCAAUAAAAGCUUACACAUAUUAUAAAGAGGAUCACGUGAAUUAUAUAUAUGUAUAUAGGAAUGGGGCCCAGCUCCGAUCCGCUGCCUGUUAUUAUGCCCUUCACAAUAAAUUUCUUGGCCGCUGGCUAUAAUUUA